UAGGCUGUUCCUGUGGUGCGCGCACACUAUAUUGGUUGGGGGUUCCAUCAGGCAUCCGACCGACGAGAUGAGGAGAAAAGGGAGCGAGUGUACAAGGAUCAGCCCCGCUGAGAUCGACGUCGUCAUGCCCAUGAUCUCUCUGUCGUCCAGAUCCGGCCGAAGGGCGCCGUCGGACCGGGACCGACCUCGUCGGCAAGUGCGAGGCGGCUGCGGGUCUCGCCUGCUGCGGACCGCGCGGUGGACGGCCGCACGCUUCUACAGGCGAGCGAGGGUAAGCAUCGAUAGGGCAUUCCGGUCCUCGUCGACGUCCAAGAAAGCAGCUGCCACUGCUGCUGCUUCACCGGAUUGCACGCCGGCGAGGCAUGGCAGUAGGCGGCAGCAGUCCGCGCCACCGGUGGCCGUCGAUGACUCGCACAAGAGCGAAGCGGUGGAAGAGUGCAUCAGGUUCAUGAACUCGUCGUCGAGGAAGUACCGGUAGUGCAUCGAUCAGGUUCUGUGCGCGCUGAUGCUGGCGUCUUUCUUGUAUUUGUUCUUUCUUUCUUUCUUCCUUUUCAUCUAUGUGUGCAUCUGAUCAAACCUUGUGAUUGAGAAACAUACUGGUUAUUUCUUUGAUCGAUAUUUGCGUACCCUGAAAUCUCUCAUUACUGUAUAAUAUCAAGUCUGCCUGUCAGUUUUUAUCU